AUGAUCCAUAAUCUUGGCUUUUGCAUUCCUAUUUUUCUUUCAUUCUCCUGCCCGCCAACCCGCCAAACCGCCGCGUCCCUUAUUUUUCCUUUUCUCCUUUCUCGUUUCGACUUACUCUCUUUUGCCUUUCUUUCUUUCUUUCUUUCUUUCUUUCUUUCUUUCUUUCUUUCUUUCUUUCUACUUACCUACACAGAUACUUACUUAUUUUCCUUUCUCCGUCUUUUUCUUUCUUUCUUUCUUUCUUUCUUUCUUUCUUUCUUUCUUUCUUUCUUUCUUUCUUUCUUAAGCCCUUUAUUUUCUUAUUUCUUUUUAAUGCUUAUUUUGUAUAAUUGUUUUCCAGCUUUCUAUUUUCUUUCUUUCUUUCUUUCUUUCUUUCUUUCUUUCUUUCUUUCUUUUUCUUUCUUUCUUUUUACCCAUCUAAAUACAUAUCUACUUAUCUACUAUUAUAUUGUAUUUUUUCUUUCUUUCUUUCUUUCUUUCUUUCUUUCUUUCUUUCUUUCUACAGAUGCCUUAACUUUCUCCUACUUUUUUAUUUAUCAUAGUUCUUUUUUCCUUUAUAUUCUUUCUUUCUUUCUUUCUUUCUUUUGGUGCCUUCCUUCUCUUUUCCUUACCCCCACUCUCUCUCUCUCUUUGAUUUCUCAUCUUUUCUUAAAACCUAUUUUCUGCAUUUCUCUUUCCCAGUCCUUCUGCAUUUAUCACCGUGCACAUUAA